UUUUUGGCGCUCGAGAACGAGACCUACAGCCUAUUUAACCUAUAUUUAUUUACAUAAUGAACCUAAUUAAAAAACUAAAAACAUCUUAAAGAUUGCUUUUAAACAUGAAUAUAAAUUGUGUUAUUUGCAGUGAUUUGUUUGAAGCACAUUCUGAAGUUUACAGCACACAAUGCGGUCAUACGUUUCAUUAUGCAUGUCUUAUGCACUGGAUGGAAAGAUCGAAAAGUUGCCCCCAGUGCAGAAACAAAUGUACGGACAAGACAAUACAUAGGGUUUAUUUCAAUAUAUCAAACACUGAGCAUAUAAAAGAAGAUGUGGGAACGCUGCAGAGUAAAUUGGAUAACCUAAAUUUUCAGAUAAAGCUAAAAGACAAGGAUAUCAAAAAUUUUGGUGAAAAAUAUACCAAAAUUAAAAAAAAUAAUGCGGCCUUAAGAGAAGAAGUACAACAACUGGAACAUGGAAAAAAAGUAUUUGAGUCUGCGAUACAUGCUUUGAAAGACCAACUAUCAUACUUCAAGUCCAAGGCAAAGGACGUUGAAAAAAUAAUCGAAGAAAAUCAAAAGCUAAAAACAAGAUUAAAGGAUGUGGAAAAUGUACAGCAAGCAAUUAACGGCAGCAGGGCUGAAGUAAACGAAAUGAUCAAGAACCAAAAUAAUAUAGAAUCACUGGCCAUAUUAGCAGCAAUGUUAAAAAAAUCACUCUUAGAGGCUGAAAGAAAGAAAAGAGAUUCUGACCAUACAUUAAAACAAUCUUUAAAUGAUGUUACCAAGUACAGACGGGAAGCUAACACUUUUGAAUGUCAAUAUAAUGAAAUGAAAACUGAACUGGAACAAGUUAAAACAAAUUGGAAUCAAGAAAAACAAUACCUAAAAAAUAAAAUAGUUGAAUUAGAUGAAAAAUUAAGAAAUAAAUGUGAUACUUCUCAGGAUAUAACCAAUAGCAGUAUUAAGAGAAUAAUGGAUGAAAGUCCUAUAAAUUUUAAUAGAAGGCCAAAAUUAACUUCUUCAAAUGAAAUUGAUUUAAGUGAUUCACCACUUUCAAUGAGUGAUAAAGUAAAUAGGAUUAUUAAUUCAGAUUCUCCAUAUGUACCUGUUAAAAGUAGUUCUGUUGGAAUUGCUUUGUUAAACACUAAAUAUACCACAAAACCAUCCACAUCCACAAAGUAUACUAUAUUUAAACCAGUUCCAAGUAAACUGGAAAAUGUAAAAUUGACAAAGCAAAAAAGUGAUGAAGUAAAUUAUAAUGGUUUUGGAGGGACAAGUAAAGAUGACUUUUAUCCAUCCCCAAAACCGACCACUACAAGCCUUAAAAGGCACAAAUCACAAACACACGUACCUUCAAGUAAAUUUAGAAAGCUUUCAGCAAAUAAAUCAAAAAAUUCUAAACUAACAGAUUUUGUAGUUUUAGACUAAUUUUUUACUUCUUAUUUAUAUUUUAAACUUUUUUGGUAUUUUAUUUAAAAUAAAUUUUUC